AUGGACGACUGGGACGCCGUGCUCACGGGCAUGGCGGAGGACUGGUUCGGGGAGGUCGUGGACCAGAACGGGCCCGUGGAGGCCGGCACCCCGAAGUUCGAGCACGGCGUGAACUCGGAGAUGUGGCUCGCGCUGCGCAUGCAGCUCGGGGGCCUGCCCGUGCUGCGCUUCCCCGCCCUCGCCUACCGUCACCUGCGACCUGCACGCCUGGGAGCAGCACCUGGCGGCGAAGCCCACCGCGGUGCAGCACCGCUACUCCAAGUCCUUCCCCUGCCAGAGCGGGGACUCCCCCGGCGCUGGGUGGCGGUUCCCGCAGGAGUACCUCGCGGCCCGCGUCUUCGCGGAGUGCGCGGGGCGCGUCGCGGCUGCCGCCGGGGCGAGCUCGGCGGAGGCGGCCGCGUCGUGGCCGAAGAAUUGGUCGCUGUGGGAUGA